GGCCGGCACGUGACCUAGAGUGAGUUCCUGUUGUAGCUUGAGGGAAACAGGCCGACUUUCAGCCACGGGAGAAUCGCAAUUUGCGGCCUGUGGAAACUCCCUCCCUCAGCAAUGGCCUCACCUGUUUCAGUGUACAACAUCUUAGAGUCACACACGCCCCCUACCCCCAAAGAGUCUCUGAAGAUGGAAUUGUUAUCUGACGUGUCCCUGCUGCCUGGAGAGGAAAGGAUUACUGAUAAGGACAUAAUCUACAUCUGUCCGUUCAGUGGAGCCGUGAAAGGCAAAGUGUUGAUCACCAACUUCAGACUUUACUUCAAGAGCUCAGAUGCUGAUGUGACGGUGACGCUGGACGUUCCAUUGGGUGCCAUCAGUCGAGUGGAGAAGAUGGGUGGGGCGUCGAGCAGAGGAGAAAACUCCUAUGGCCUGGAUAUUACUUGCAAGGACAUGAGGAAUUUGAGGUUUGCCCUGAAGCAGGAAGGCCACAGCAGAAGAGAUAUUUUUGAGGUUCUUUUCAGAUAUGCCUUUCCUCUGUCACACGGUCUGCUUCUUUUUGCGUAUUUGAGUCAAGAGAAGUAUGCUGAGAAUGGCUGGACCAUCUACAAACCCGUGGAGGAGUUCAGACGGCAGGGUUUACCUAACAGCAAGUGGCGUAUAUCAUUCAUCAAUAAGAGCUACGAUCUGUGUGACACCUACCCCACUGUGCUGGCUGUACCCUACAAAAGUAAAGAGGAGGACCUCCGAAAAGUGGCUGCCUUCCGGUCAAGAGGACGAAUACCGGUUCUGUCAUGGAUCCACAGAGAGAACCAAGCAGUGAUCGUCCGUUGCAGUCAGCCUCUCGUUGGCAUGUCUGGUAAAAGGAACAAGGACGAUGAACGCUACCUGGAGCUGAUUAGGGAGGCAAAUGAUACCACCAAGCUCACCAUAUAUGAUGCUCGUCCCAAUGUCAACGCAGUUGCCAACAAGGCCACCGGAGGAGGCUACGAGGGUGAUGAGUACCAAAAUGCAGAGCUCAUCUUCUUGGACAUUCAGAAUAUCCACGUCAUGAGGGAAUCCCAGAAGAAACUCAAAGAUAUCGUCUACCCCAACGUGGAGGAAUCCCACUGGUUGUCCAGCCUAGAGUCUACACACUGGUUGGAACAUGUCAAGCUGGUGUUGUCAGGAGCCAUCCAAGUUGCAGACAAAGUCUCCAGUGGGAACUCAGUAGUGGUUCACUGUAGUGACGGCUGGGACCGAACUGCACAGCUCACCUCUCUGGCUAUGCUGAUGCUGGACAGCCACUAUCGCACUCUCAGAGGAUUCCAGGUUUUGAUUGAAAAGGAAUGGAUCAGCUUCGGCCACAAAUUUGCCUCAAGGAUAGGACAUGGUGACAAAAACCAUGCCGAUCAGGACAGAUCACCCAUCUUUGUUCAGUUCGUCGACUGUGUGUGGCAGAUGACUAAACAGUUUCCUACGGCCUUCGAGUUUAACGAGCAUCUCCUGCUGACCAUCCUGGAUCACCUCUACAGCUGUCGCUUCGGGACCUUCCUGUACAACUGCGAGAGCGUACGAGACCAGCAUGAGGUGAGGUCCAAGACUGUGUCUCUGUGGUCUCUGGUCAACAGCAAGGUGGACAUGUAUUUAAACCCCUUCUACACCCCAGAAUCUGGCAGGGUUCUCUACCCUGUUGCCAGCAUGCGCCACCUAGAGCUCUGGGUAGCAUACUACAUCCGCUGGAACCCACGCAUACGACAGCAGCAGCAGAGUCCAGUGGAGCAGCGCUACAAGGAGCUGCUGGCCCUCAGAGACGAAUACUUGAAGAAGCUGGAGCAGCUGCAGCUGUCCGACUCGUCCACUUCCUCUCAUCUGGCUAACAGCCCGACCCCCAACACCACCUCCUCUUCCACCUCCACCCCAUCACAGCAAUAUACACACCUACAGACUCCUCUCUGAGGGCUGGUGACGCACUCGCGCAUACACAGAUAUCAGAAAUACUUGCUAACUUGCACUUACGCCUUCUUCAGUUUGAUUUGUGUCUUGCACAUGCAGGGAAUUAAUUAGUUUUGUGCAGCCCUAACUGUUGAACAACAGAAAAUUGCGAAUAGGUUUUAGAUUUGAUGGCUGUAGUGUUGUCUAACUCUAAUACCACGUGAUGGUGAUUUAUGCAAUAUGUCACAGUACAGCCUUGUCUCAAGACUUUUCUAAACACACUUUUCAGACAGUGAAGCCUUAAACACACUGAGCAGCUUUCAGUCCAAGGGCUUGAACACACACACACACACACACACAGGACACACACCGUUGUGUUCAUUCAGGCAGACGAGCAGAGCUGAAGUUCAGUUUUAUCCUGUCGUGAUUACACAUUAGUUGUAGUUAAGCAUCUGUAACUAUAAACUGACAAGAAAUUUUACCUCAGGUCUUCUUAGGAGAGUUUAAUGAGCUCCAUCCACCCCCAGUUUACAGAGGUCAGCAUGCAGGGCAAAAUAUUCGGUUAAAUGAAUCAAGGUAAAGACAGGUUACAGGUUACAGGUUGCAGGCGUAGCCAAAGACUAAGCUGUCAUGAGUCAAGGUCGGUUGAGCAAAAUCAGGAGACUUCCUGUUUGUUCAAUUCGGCUUUAGCGUCAGAAAUAAACUGAUGGUCAUUUCACAGUGAGAUGUGAGAAAGCUGCUGUCUGUCAGCUGGCUCCUGCCUGCGUCACAGCUGUUUGUGUCCUGUACCAACAAACAACAGAUGUUACAAUUCUCACUUUUUACACUUCCUGCCGCUGAGUUCUCUAUCCUGAAGGCGUACGGUGAUCCGAAGUGCAGCAGACGUAGAGUUCUCAAGUGGAUGACAGUUUAGUUUCCAGCUACAUGUAAAUAUUGCGUCUCGUUUUGGGGAAUUUGGGUUUUUUUAAUAGCUAAGGAGGAAAUCUGGAGCCACGUAUGUUUGCCACUGCUAUAUGCUAAGCUACAUCACUGAAAGCAAAUGUAGUUCUAGCCAAUGACUGUGCUUGGAAUUAAUUAGCAUUCAACACGUAUGAAUGCAACUUUGAUACAGUUCAGGAUAUAUUUCAGGUGCUCGAGAGAGUAAAGGAAAGUCACGUGGUGCUGGCCUCUGAUCCCGGAUCACUUCCUGUAUUUAAACGUUUUCACUAAACACACACAGAGAGUACAGUCCUGGCCCAUCGUGGUCUCAGCGUGCUAACAUGCUGGUCACCAACUCGAGAGCAGGGUGAGUGAACACUGAGUUAAACCUCCUCUGAAAGCACCUGUGCCUUUGGACGCCUGUUUCACCGUUUUCAAAAGUAAUUUUUUGUUUUGGUUUCUUUUCUUUUUUUCCAACAAAGAACAACCCAUUCCAAUUAAAAGAUGUAUGAUUGCAAGUUAAAAGAAAGCCUAAUUAAUAUCUAAUCAUUAAAAAAAGUUACUUUGCUCAUCAUGAUCGUUUUUCGUUGUUUCAGGCGGGUUUAAAAUUCCUACCUGGGAUACUUAUGAAAACUGUCCAAAAAGCAUGUUCAGGUGCUGUCAGGGUCAAACUCGGACGUCACACCAACAGCACGUGUAUGGGAAUAAAAAAGGAAUGUCGGCAAUGGACAAUAGUUUUUCUUAUUCGCACCAACUGAUUAUAACUAUUUGAUAUGAUGUCUUUAUCAGCAGUUAACACAAACUGUGAUAAAUGGUAGUUUGUUACAAUCACAAUGGCUCCUCCACUUUAUUCCAAUCAUCCAACCACGGUGACGCGUCGAUUCUGGAGCGCUGUCAUUCUUGUUGCCAGGAAAACGUAACACGUCAAUCACGGUUGUGUUACUUUGGCAGCUGUGGGGUUUAAAACCAGUCACUUCACUCAGCGCUGGAUGCAGUUCCAGAUCUCAGCCUGGCAGUGUUGCAUUGUGGGAAGGGAAACUGAUGGAAGUCUUUGAGAGUGAUGCAGGAAACAGAAGUAGAUGACGCCUCAGGACGAUACCUUUAGCAACAUAUUCCUGUAAGUUCUUUCCUACAAAACAGUUACAUUUAACAAUCACAUAAAUAUAAAUGUUACUGUUAUCAGGAUUCUCACUACAAUGCUCAUCCAUUAUGUUAAUGAAAUUAUGGAUUCAUGAAAAAACUGACUCUCUGUUUUAAGGAAUUCUUCUUUUCUUACACAUCACAGACCCACAAACCCUGCAUACCCAGGUCAUGUUCUCCCUUUUUGUUUCUUUACACUCUAAAGUAGAUUGUCCGACGUCUUCAAAACUGGAGUUUCAGCCCAUUCUGCACAUUUCUAUUAUGAUCGUAAUUUUUAACGUGCGUCGAUUCAUGUCCAUAUUUCUGCCGUGAAUCACCUUCACCCCUACAGAGAGACUUUAGCUGCGCUGUAUCUUAUUUGAGAUGACUGCUUUUAGAGGCAAACAGGGUCUGUGCUAGUUAACCCUAACCCACUCGACUGACCAAGUUAACUUCCCCUCGUUCUUUACCAGCUCAUGUUGCAGCGUGUAAAUUGUUUUCCUUGUUUGAUUUGAAGGAAUCUUUCAGCCAUGUUUGGUAAACGGUAAAUGGGCUGCUGCUUAUAUAGCGCUGUUUAACUCUACCUGAGCUUUAUACAACAACAUGUUUAUCCCAGUUUACUACAAAACAGGCUGAUCAUCAGUCCAACAAAGACUCACCCAGUUUUAUUCUAAAGUCUGCAAACCUCGCAGACUCUCUUUGUGUUCAGCUAACCCUGCUGCUUUUGUGCUUUGAAUUUAUAGCCAACCUUUAGCUUGUCAGUGCAAAACACUUUCCUGCAUCAGCUUUAUUUAGCCCCUCUGUUUCCCCAGUGUGUCCAAAAUAUGGCAAAAAAAUCAGAGUUACUGAAAGUACCUGGAGCGAAUCAGUGAUAAACCUUUAAAGUGUCCAGCCUGUAAAUGCACGUUGUGUAACAGCUGUAGGACACAGCGAGUUCUCAGAUGAGUUUCCUGUAAUAAGCUUGGAGAACUUGUCUUGUGGUUGUACUGUUUAUGUUAACCAAGGUGUCGUCAGCGAGCUGUCAGCCUCGCUAAAAGUAGCUCUAACAUAAGAAGGGAGAACAUACAGCAACUGUCAGGAUAAAAGAGAAUAAACUACCUGCAUGUGUGGCAAAUUCCAAAGUUGAACCUUUUCUGGAAAAGUGAGGCAGUGCAAGCUGAUUGCUGUGUGCAAAGAGAGGUGCAAUGUGAACCGAGUAUUUGGUCUGACCACAGAGGUUUGACGUUCACACAGCAAAAAGAGACAAAAGUGUGUGUGUUGGGCUCUUGGUUGUAUUUUGGGAAAAACAAAUGAGAAUCUAUUUUUUUUUUUACUUUGUAUAAGCACCAUGAUGUAAUGUAAUUACCUCAAUCAAAACCUAUUUUACUGUCUAAAGUUCUAUUGUUGUAAAAUACAAAUAUUUUAUGUAGUGUAAAACCUUACAGUUUUAUAAAAAGGAAAGUAAUAUUGGUUCAGAAAUUGUUGGUAUAAAUUUUGGAUUUCUGCUCCAUCGGUUCAAAGUGUUUGAUUUUAUCUCUGAGGGCAUUUUUUGCUUUGUACGUGCUAACCCAGGAGGAGGAGAGGCUUCAGCCCGUCAGCUCCGUGUGGAUCUUUGAGGUUUACUCUAAUGUGUGAGAAGUCCUCUGCCAUUGUUCAUUUCAGUUAGACGCUUUCAUUUAUGUAGGGGAUUGUAGUUUGAGGGGCUUGUGUCAUAUUAUAGCCAGCUUUGUAAUGAAUACACACAAAAUGUGUACUAAACAAAAAGGUGAAAUCUGAAAACAUUUCACGUGUUUCUUUUAAUUGGUUUGUUGAAAGGCUCAUUUUCUGUAAAUAAUUCUGAUU